AUGGGACUCCGACACCUGUUCCGCCGCCUGCUUUGCGAUCACGGAGCUGUCACGCAGGCAAUCAUUGAAGCAACAUAUGAAGGCAACAGCACCGAGGAAGACCCUUACGUGGUCUCUUGGAUUCCCAAUGAUCCGCACAAUCCGUUGAACUUCAACCACCGGUACAAACAGAGUAUCGCAUUCCUCGCCAUCACGGGGUCAGUGGUUGUCGCCUUUGGGUCAUCGACAUAUGCAGGCGGCAUGACGGAUAUCAUGGCCGAUCUCCACUGUAGUCGGGAGGUUGCGAUUCUCGGAAUCUCGCUCUUCGUGCUCGGAUUUGGCGUAGGCCCUAUUAUGUGGGGUCCUCUCAGUGAGAUAUAUGGGCGUCGUUUGACAUUGACCCUCAGUCUAUGCUUGUUCGCGGUGUUUUCGGCGGCGGCAGCUGGAGCGCAGACGAUCCAGGCGCUGGUGGUCCUCCGCUUUUUUGCCAGCAGCCUUGGAUCUGCACCGUGGGCUGUCACCAGCGGCAUGAUGUCCGACAUGUUUCCUGCGCAUGAUCGUGGACUUUAUAGCAGCCUGUUUUCCGCGACCGCGCUUUCAGGACCGGCCUUAGGGCCUAUUCGACCCUUUGUGAUGCUCUUCCGUGAGCCCAUCGUCCUCCUGCUGAGCACCUACAUUUCCAUCGUCUACGGCAUCCUCUACCUCUUUUUCGAUGCCUUCCCUUACGUCUUUCAGGACGUCCGGGGCUGGAGUCCCGGCCUGGGCGGCCUGUCUUUUGUGGGCGUGUUCAUUGGUACAGUCCUAUCCAUCGCGCAUCUGAUCCCAGCGCACCGACGAUAUAGAGCGAAAGCCCUGGCGUCUCCUACCCGAUUGCCCCCAGAGGAACGGCUCCCUCCGAGUUUUAUCGGCAGCAUCUGCAUGCCCGUCGGCCUCUUCUGGUUUGCGUGGACGAACUCCCCCUCGAUCCAUUGGAUGGCACCGAUCGCCGCCGGGGUGCCGUUCGGCUUCGGCCUGGUCGCGGUGUUCAUGCCGGUGACGAACUAUCUCGUCGAUUCGUAUACGAUAUAUGCUGCCUCCGUGAUCGCGGGACAGUGUCUGUUACGGUCGUCGUUCGCGUGUGUUUUCCCGCUGUUCACGCCGUACAUGUACCGCGGUCUCGGCAUCCAUUGGGCGUCGUGCGUCCCGGCUUUUCUGUCCUUGGGGUGCGCCCCUUUGCCUUUUGUGUUCUACAAGUACGGAGCGGAGAUCCGAAAGAAAUGCCAUUAUUCAGCCGAGGCCGAUGCGUAUAUGCGGAGUCUGUCCGCGACUGCGCCGGCCGACCAUCCGGGAUGA